AUGCUCGGGUCUUGUGUUAAAACACCUUUCGGCAGCAGAGUCACACCCGAUGCCAGAGAGUUAUUGCAACUCCACUGCCUCCCUGAUGAUACCCCGUACAGAGCAGUUACUAGCUCAUCAUUCCUUUUUGAAUUCUUUGCAUUUUCCGUGAAUGAGAAGCAUUUCUCACCGACUUUCCUGGCUGGAACUUUAUCCCUCCCGUCCAACCACGUUGCUUCUCAAGAAAUUGAAGACUCCUCUGAGAACAACAUCUCGAAAAGCUUGAUUUGUGAAAUAUCCAUGAAGGAAUUUCCGCGGCUCAUUAGCAAAAGAGGGAGGCAACAGAGGGUGCGCUGGGAUUGGUCGUAUCGUAAAUUAAGUUGGAACCCCAGAAUUCUUGGAGGAAGUUCUUCACGAGUCAAUCUCAUAUUAUGUGCAGACUUUUCUCGUAUGGCAAAGGCAAAUGCGGAACUCUGA